AUGGCGGAAGUUGUUGGUGUGGCUUCGAGCGCCAUCACGUUCGCAACCGUUGUCGCCCAAGUCACAGAGUCUAUAAUCACGAUCAAGGAUUACUGGAGCCAGUUUCGUGAUGCACCCAAUGACCUCAAAUAUCUAAUGCGGGAACUUGAAUUGUUUGGACUCAUUCUAGCUGAAAUCGAGGAAGAUUCAUCGCAGGAGGCUGUCGCAUUCGCCCUAAAAGGCAGUAAACACGCUGUGCAAAGUCUGGAAUUUUGCAGAGAAGCCGCUACGAACCUGCAAGCGCUAUCUAAUGAGCUUGUGCGUGACAUAAAUUCCUCUAGCCGCCUGCGAAAAUCUUAUGCUGCCGCAAAAGUGGUGAUGCAAAGAGGGAAAUUAGAAAGGCAUAUGGUCCGACUGCGAAACGCGAUUCAAUUGCUAUCACUGUCUCAACAGUGCUAUACAAGAGCGCUUCCACGGGUCCAACCUGGUUUAAUUGCUGAGAAACUAGUGCAAGACAAGAAAAACACAGCAAAAUUCAAACCGAAAGCUUACCGUCAUGCAGAGUGCCAUUUAAAGAGCGGGCCACCCGAAUUCAUGAAUGAUACAACGGAGAGGGCGUCACAGGGCGAGAUUUCACGCCACGCUCACGCAUCCAAAUACUUGUGGCGUCUCAGUUUACCAUCCUGGCUGAGUUCAAAGGCCCUAGAAGUAUACAGUGAGAGACUUCAGCACGGCUGGCAAUGGGUUUUUCGAACGUACAAUGUGAUCCCGUCAACAUCAAAGGUAGUCUCAUUGACAGUAGCAGGCAAAAUUGAAGAUCUACAAAACCUAUUUGCCAUGAAACAGGCUUCUCCGUUUGACCGAACCGAUCGCUUCGGAUACACGCUCCUACACUACGCCAUGCUUGGGCCCAGAAAGGAGGAGGUUCUGAAAUUUCUCCUCGAUCAGGGAGUUGAAUCUUCUAUUGCAGGGACUCACCCCAAUCUUGAAACACCUCUCGAUAUGCUGGUAUUCUGUGGGACCCUUGGACUCGGCAAGAGUCAGCCAUUGUUUCCGUGUUUACGUCUUCUACUUCGCUAUACGAAAGAAACAUCUUAUGAAGACACGCCAGAAGAAACGAUCAAUGGAGUUUUAUCGCGAUUUCGUGGGUCAAGCGAGGAGUUCAAGUUUUUACAGCAACAUUACUGUCCUUCAUAUUACGAAAUGCCCCAAGAGACAAGAAUCGCAGUGGCUUCCAAGGCCGCUUUUGGUGUGUGGGAUGCCUAUCAUAUGCCUGAAAUGAUCCGAACGAUGCUUGGACCAAAUCAUUUGACAGCCGAAGAUCUUCAACUCGAAGGGCCUUGGCGUUUUGAUUCAAAGAACACAACACUUGUACAUUGUGUCGUGAGGAAAAUUGGAGCAAGUCAAGCUGCUCUGCAAGGGUCUCAUCCAUGGAAAAGGCAAGUUCGCCAUCAAAGUCGGAGUUCCGGACCAACUCCUUACAUCAACAUGAAGGAAGGAUACUAUUAUCUCUACAAAUCGUGGCAUAAACUGUUUAUGGAGUUCUUGCAAGCUGGUGUGGAUUUGAACCACGUUGUUGACCAACAGACUCUGUUUCUUGCAUUUUUAGAGGGAUAUCUCGACUGGCUCGAUGUGUCUAAAUGUCAGAUAUUGUCUCCAGGUGAAGCACUUCGAAAAUGGUUAACAGAUCUGAAAUCUGCUGGUAUUGAUUUACAAAAAUUCGGGGAAAUAGAGGACAGCAUCUGGAAAAGGGAACUUAUCCGGAGAGACUUUGGCCCGGGAGACGGUGAGAAUCUUUGUUUCCAUCGACUGAUAGGAUUCUCUUAUGGCUCAUGUAUUGAUGAUUGGUCUGUGUGGCUAUCCCCAAAAUGGGAUAACUUUAUAAGAGAUUUUUGGAGCCUAAUAGAGCGACCUGCAGAGACGAUGGCCGGUGGAUGGCCAAGCGAAUGA